AUGGAUAACCCUACACCAACCCCCAGGUUAAAGCGACCAUCUGUCCAGGACGAGGACGAGGUUCGGAAGUCGCAGCGGCGCAGAUUAUCAUCUGGUGACUCCCUAAUAGAAACACUACUUCGUGUCCAGAAACUGAUUUCGUCGCAGAUGGCAGAGAGUCCAGGCAGUAAUGCUGAUAAUUCCAAGAACAACCGACGUCGUAGAGGCGAGGAGCGCUCGAAGGUCAGUAUUAAGAGCAACUCACCCUCAGUCUCGCGUCGCCAGCCAUAUGGUCGACAAAGACCCAGACCGAAACUACGACAGAUAGUUCCAGCUGCUUCGGCACCGAACUCCUCGGUUUUUGAGAAUCAGCAACAAGAGUAUGAACUACAGGCAAUGCUUAACAGUCGCUCGAAGAGAAUCACAGGUCGGAUGGAUGUUGCCCUUACCCUUUUACCGCAAAUCCCUUUUCCUUAUGGUGCUGGUCAGCAGUCCUCGUACUAUCAUCCGAGCUAUACAUCACCAAUGGAUGCAGAACGGAGACACUCGUAUCAUCGAUAUGGUGCGUCUUACGGGAACAUACCCACUGGGAGUGGAGACAGUAGUCUGUUACAAGCACGUGGUGUUGCAGGGUUCAUUUCGGCUCCAGCAUACCCACCCGCCAGCCUUUCCCAGCCAAUUCCUGCAGCAGGAACUUACCAUCAAUGGAACACAUAUGACAAUCUGAUCACAGGGCAGCGUGGUCAGCCGCAAGGUCCAGGUAGCUUGGCUGGCUUUCCUCCUCCAGAAGGCCCGGACCCUCGACUAAUGGGCCCGCCACAAUAUUACCAGUCGGCCGUUACGAACGGGUAUCCAGCGAUGCCUUCGACUGGGCUAUCAAUGCGCUCAGCGGGUCCAUCAGAUGGAGUGUCGCCAGGUAGCUAUUAUAGCCAACAUCAGCCGUUACCAACGCAGUUCGGCAUGGCUACAGCCCCAGGCAUGAGUAUUAGGCCACCGCACCAACCAAUGGCAUAUUCAGCAGUGCCUGUGAACGAUCCACCGGGCAACUACAGCGGUUUCGCGCCUCCGAGGUCUUCUCAGACCAAUUUCAGGACCGGACUUCAGGCACAGACCCAGUUCGCUUCGCCUGGGCCGGGCCAGUCAGAUCCAUCAUUGCAGACACAAACCUCACCCAUGGGCUUUCCACCACACCUCGGUAUCCCCGCCCAGUACUCGAGCUAUGUCAACUUGCCGCUGCCAUACCCGCCGCCCAUGUCCAACAACGCUGGCCCUUCAGAAACGCGGGCAGCGCCAAUUCCCACACGGAGUAUACCAAACACCUUACCCCUUCCUUCUUCUCCCAAGGUGCCAGUAGCCGAAGCAAGCGCACAGCUACUUGAGGAGCCGUCGCAGCAAAAUGCUCAAGAUAGUACCUCUUUCAAUAUCUUGAACUGGGAUCCCACAAGCCCUUAUCUUAUGGGUCCAGAAGAAAUCGAGCAGAUAAGAAGGUUGUGCCUCGCUGGAGCGACAGGCGAGAAUGGAAACGAGGGUCUAGAUGAGUCUGGUCUUCCCUAG